AUGGCUAAUUCAGUUUUUCUUCUCUGCCCAUUGUUAUCUGCAGCAUUUGUCCUCAAUUGCCAUGGAUCACAGGAGGAGUGGAAGCUUCACAUUGUGUACAUGGGAGAGCGGCCCGAAGGGGAAUUUUCUGUUGCAUCGACCCACCAUUCCAUGCUAGCUAAUGUUCUUGGAAGUGCAUCAUUAGCUAGAGAGUCACUUGUCUAUAGCUAUGGAAGAAGCAUUCACGGAUUCGCAGCUAGAUUAACCAAUAAGGAAGUUGAAAAAUUAUCAAAAAUGAAAGGAGUAAUUUCAGUGUUCCCAAACCAAAUAAUGAAACUCCACGCAACAAGGUCACGGGACUUCGUGGGUUUCUCCAAAGGCAAACAUGGGUCAGCUGUAGAAGGGGAUGUCAUUGUUAGGCUCACUGACACUGCCUAGCCAGAAUCAAAGAGCUUCAGCGACGAAGAUAUGACUCCACCACUUGCUAAAUGGAAGGGUACUUGCAAUGGUGCCAACUUCACCUGCAACAACAAACUAAUUGGAGCCUGCUACCACAAUUCCAAUGGAUAUUAUGAUGAGAAAGACUUCAAUUCCCCAAGGGACUACUCCAUUGGGCAUGGAACUGACACUAACUCAACUGGUGCAGGGAGGCAAGUGCCAGGAGCGAGCUACUAUGGAUUAGCCAAUGGUACAGCCAGAGGUUGAGUACCCUAUGCAAGGAUUGCUGUCUACAAAGUUUGCUCGUUAACUGGAUGCUCUGUUGCUGAUACCUUGGCGGCAUUUGAAGAUGCCAUAGCAGAUGGACUUGAUAUCAUAUCUAUCAUAUCCGUGUCCCUUGGUUCUGAUUUUCCAUUUCCAUAUUUCCAUGAUCCAAUUGCCAUUGCCUUUUUUCACGCAAUGAAAUGUGGUAUAUUGACCUCCAAUUCUGCUGGAAACUCUAGACCUUACCCUUACUCAAUUUCCAAUUUUGCACUUUGGACUCUCACUGUUGCUGCCAACACCAUUGACAAAAAAAUUAUUGCCAAAGUAGUGCUUGAAAAUGAACAAAUUUUUGAUUAUGAAUCAAUACAGCCUGAUAUUACUGCUCCUGGUGUGGACAUUCUUGCUGCUUGGUCUCCUGUGGCAGGGCCUUCCAUCGACUGGGAUGACACCAGGAGCGUCGAUUUUGACAUAAUCUCAGGCACGUCCAUGUCUUGCCCUCAUGCUAGUGGUACAGCUGCUUAUGUUAAGGCUGCCCAUCCCUACUGAUCUCCUACUGCUAUCAAGUCUGCGCUCAUGACCACAGCUCAUAUCAUGGAUAGAAACAAGAAUGAAGACCUUGAGUUUGCUUAUGGCUCUAGUCAUAUCAACCCAGAGCAUGCAUUGGAUCCUGGGCUCGUUUAUGAUGCAUCAGAGGCAGAUUACAUUGAUUUUCUCUGCAAGCAGGGUUACAACAGCACUUUAAGCCUUAUCACCGGUGAGAAUAGCAGCACUUGCAGCAUCACAGAGCUAGGAAGAGGUUGGAAUCUCAACUAUCCCUCUCUCCAACUUGGCGUGGAGGAUGGCCAGAGUAUCGAUGCUGUUAUCAAUAGGACAGUUACCAAUGUCGGUUCACCAAAGUCAACUUACACUGUCAAUAUUUACUUCCCUUCCUCUGUCACUGUUAAUGUGGAGCCAUCUACUCUUUCAUUCUCUGCUGUUGGAGAAAAGAAAUCGUUCACAGUUAUGGUCAAGGGUUCACCGAUAACACAGCAGUCAAUCGCACCUGGUGUGAUCACAUGGAAGGAUGGUGUCCAUUCAGUAAGAAGCCCCCUAGUGAUCUACAAUAUCAUCCUAGGUACCAUUUAUUCUUCCUACUCCACACCUGAGAAAAAAACCAAAUUUCAAAGGUUCAACCAUUUACCACAAGAAUGGAUCCUGGGACGCAACUAGAUUGCAUGCAACAUACCUUUACUGAGCAUUUCUUAUGCAUUUAAAUUGUGGGUUACUUAAAUUCCUUGCAAGACUGAAAAUAGAUCUUCUUUAAUAUUACUGUGUAGUGUUUGUCGACAUUUGGGAUGUAAAGUCUAACCUGUACUGUACAAGCUUUCAAUGAGACACUAAAGAGUAUCGUUUGGUUCUAUCCUCUAUCUUCCAUCCCUUUUUGAUGUCAUUGCUCAAUGUUAAUUGCAUCCCUUUGGUUCAAAAGAGAAGCAAACAAAUUUAAGAUUUCCAGGAUUUUAGCAAAGACUGAGCAGUCCAUUCAAGCCACAUUCAUUUUAACCAUACAACUUAAACCUAAAAAUUUACAUGACUAAAUCUUUGGAGAGAAAAAUAUGAAAUCUAAAAGAUCCACUAAAAACCACCUUGUACAAGCGAAAGACAGAAUUCACAGGUUCCUUUUCAAAUCUAAAAGAUCUCCUAAAAAUCACCUUGUACAAGCGAAAGACAGAAUUCACAGAUUCCUUUUCAACCACUGCGAUGAACAACGAUGCAAUGAAACAUGCACAUAACCAAGAAUACAUGAACAGUCGCAGUUCUCCAUCUCUCAAAGACUUUGGAGAAUUGCGAAAUUUCAUAGAGUAAGG